AUGUCCUCGUCUCCCCUCUUUGGCAUCGUCCCGGCCGGCCAACCGCUCAUCACUGAGCCGGCCUCCUCGCCCUCCCCCACCUCGCUCCUCUACAGCCUCCCCACCACGAAACCCUUCUCGCACAUUGUCGUCUUCAUGCUCCCCGGCGUCGCCCUGCCGCCAGGCACCGCCGCUGCCAUCUACCUGGCCACUGCCUCAGACGCUGCUGGCUCUGCCUCCGGCCCCAACUUCAAGUUCCUCGGCGCCAUCGGUCCCGGCAAGGAGAGCGCCAUGUUCAAGGUCACGGCCGGCGAGAGCGGCCUGAUGAUCGGCGUCUCCGUCGAGGCCGAGGAAGUCAUCGCCCCCCAGCUGCAGAUUCUGGCCGCUAACAAGGCUUCCAACCCCGGCGCCAGCUCCUCGUCCCAGCCCAGCACCGCGGUUCUCGCCCAGCGCAUCAUCCAGAACGCCUUCAACUUCCUCUCCAGCUUCAGCGGUGCCGCAGGACCCGGCGGCGUCGAGGUCGUGCCACUCAAGGCAUUUGAGGACUGGUGGCGCAAGUUUGAGUCUCGCGUUCGCUCAGAUCCCAGUUUCCUCGAGAAGCAAUCCGAUUGA